UCUGAAUUCUUGCUUGGUUCCCAGAAAAAUGACCAAGAUUCUCAAAAAGGUGCCCAAACAGGGGGACUGGAACCGAUAUGCUCAUCCAGUCCUAUGGCAUGUCGGUGCACAAGGGGUCUGAUCAACCACUUGCACAUGCAUUCUUUACAGCUAGUGUCCUGUUUCACCCGUGUUGAAACCAAUUUUGUUCAUCCGACUUUUCGCUUUACCGCUCUUUCAGCCAAGGCCUAGCUGCAAAAAAGAUAAUUGAGUCAUUUUCUAAGUAUGUGCGCGUGUGUGCUUCUUUGUAACGAGGGUGGCAUUGCAAAAUGCCAGCUGUUCUCCAAUUUGAAGCUCUUUAUGUUCUUGAAUAGAAAUCAGGGGGCGCUGCUGCCUUGAAUGCCGUGAGAAAACAUAUACACGAAACAUACACAAAACUACUUGCGGGGCUGCACUGGAACAUUUGCGCCGCAUGCAUUGUCGGGAAAAAACUGUCCUGACCUUGAUAUAUCCCAGACGGCCAUCCGAAGGCUUGGUCCUCCUUGGUCUGAAAAAGCGUGGCUUUGGGGCUGGGAAGUGGAACGGCUUUGGCGGCAAACUGGAUCCCGGGGAAAGCUUGGAAGAGAGCGCGCUGAGAGAAUUACAAGAAGAAUGCGGACUAACUGCAAGGAUUGCAGAUUUGCACUGGCGUGGGUGCCUGACGUACAUUUAUGAUACAAAAGCCAAGGCAAUGGAGGUCAAUGUGUUUGAUCUAGACAAGUGGGAUGGCGAACCAAUUGAAACGGACGAGAUGGCACCACAAUGGUUUCAACACGAAGCCGUGCCAAUUGACUCCAUGUGGGCAGAUGAUGAUUAUUGGCUUUUGCAAUUCUUGGACGGCAAGUUGAACACUCCCUUCAUUGGCCGUUUCAGGUUCAAAGGCCACGAAGGUUUGGCCAGCUCAGAAGUUCUGGAACAUUCGAUUGCACCUCUUUUGCCAGCAUCGGUUCCAGGAAAGACAAGUCAACCCGGAGCGGCCAUGGUGGUGUCAACUGUUUGCUUCCUUAAUGCUCCGAGUCUAAGACCAUUGGAAUCAUUCCUGCGCUACCACUUGUCGAAGGGAUUUGCCAGAAUUAUGAUUUUUGUUGAUGCGCCUGACGACACGAGGACAUUGAAUGUUGUGCGCUGCUUUCCGGCUGCACGUGUGCUGUGCAAGGUUCGGGGCCCAGCACUCCUGCAAGAGCAAGAAAAGUUGUGCCCCUCUUUUGCAGCCCUACACAGUCACGUUGAUGAAGUGUCAGCACGACAGCUCUUGGAUGCCGAAUUGGCUUCCAUCAUAGCUCCAGAUCUUGGUUGCCGAUGGGUGGUGUACCUGGAUUCUGACGAGCUAUUUUUUACUCACGAUGACUCGGUUGUACCUCAUUUCCAGAUGCUUGAAGAGCGCAACAUUUAUCAAAUGACAUAUUUGAACCAUGAAGGCGUUCCAGAGCAGAAGGAUACAGACGACUAUUUUGCAACAGUUACACUGUUCAAGCAGCAUCACUUUUCAGUUCCUUUAACCUCCCAAGCUCGUAGUUCCCUGCACUUUUGGAUGGAGAGGUCAAGGAGAAGUCAGUACUUCCUUUUCUACGACAAUGGGAAGAGCGCUUGCAGGAGUGGCUGCGGGGCAGUUUCGCGUAGUCAACACCUCUGGAAGUUGCCUUCAGGGUACAAGUCCUGCACAGCCCUAGCAGACCCGAGACGCAUGGACCCAGAGGGCUUUGUCGAUUGCCCAGAUCCUUGUGUGCUGCACUUUCCAGUUUGUGGUCUCAGGUGGCUGAUUGCCAAGUACAAAACGCUUGGAAGUUUUCCUGAGAAGUGGCUAGGGAAAGUCUCAGUGUCAGAUUCCUUUCACAAAGAUGCGCGGGACUUGGCAAGUUGCACUGAAACAGCUGCAGGUGCACUCGAACAACUGUUCAUGCAAGAAGUUUAUUUUGAUGAUUCGGCAGAAGCUGCCCGGCAGCUUCAGUCCAGGACAUGUAUACGCGUGUUUGGCCAUGUGCUGUUACUGGAUUCAUUGCCAGAUCCCGACCAUGCCCCUGAAGCGGUGACUGCCGCCGGAGCAACUUCAAUUGAGAUGUUUGAUGGCCUCAUGGGCAUUGAGAAGGGAUGGAUUCUAUCGAAAGCGAUGCAAUAUUUGUAAGCGACAAGCUCAUGCCAAACAUCCCAACUGUUGAUCCUUCAAUGUGGUCAACUUGUCCUUAUGAGGACCUGAGUGGGUAGAAAAUGGAGUGGCUUGG